GAGAGAGGGAGAGAGGGGGGAAGCGGUGCAACCUGCAGAUGUGUCCGGAGUGAAGUGUCGGCUGUUGCCGGGAUUUGGCUUUUGGAAAUACAACAUGAAAAUCUAAUGCGGAUUUCAUCUCUGGAAUGAAGUUUAACUUUGUAAACCCAGGGUCAAGAGCCAACUGAAUGAUUUAACUGGAUAUUCAGUGAUUGACUUUACGUACAGCAUAUGAGAGUUCAUUCUGCAAAAAUGAAAUCUUCAACGUCCAGCUUACCUGCUUCAAAGAACUGUAAUUUUUUUUCAAACAAAACAGUUUUAUGUCUUUUUAUGCUGAUCUGUUUAUCAGUUGUAGUUUACACUGACGAUGACUAUUAUCAAUUGCUUGGAUUAUUGAAAAGUGCAAGUAAUCGGGAAAUAAGGCAAGCCUUCAAGAAACUUGCUCUCAAAAUGCAUCCUGACAAAAAUCCAAAUGAUCCAAGCGCACAUGACAGAUUUCUGAAAAUCAAUAGAGCUUAUGAAGUUCUAAAAGACGAGGAGCUUCGAAAAAAGUAUGAUAAGUACGGUGAAAAAGGCCUUCGGGAUCACCAGGAGGGUGGGCAAUAUGAAAGCUGGAAUUUCUAUCGUUACGAUUUUGGCAUUUAUGAUGACGAUGCGGAAAUAAUAACAUUGGAUAGAGCAGAUUUUGAUGCUGCAAUUAACUCUGGGGAAUUGUGGUUUGUAAACUUCUACUUCCCUCGAUGCUCACACUGCCAUGACCUGGCUCCCACGUGGAGAGAAUUUGCCAAAGAGAUGGAUGGAGUAAUCCGUAUUGGAGCUGUUAACUGUGGAGACAAUAGGAUGUUGUGCCGUUCAAAAGGAAUCAACAGUUACCCAAGUCUCUACAUCUAUAAAAUGGGAAUGAAGGGAGUGAAGUUUGUUGGCGAGCGAACAAAGGAACAACUCGUCAGUUUUGCUCUGAGUUAUGUCACGAGCCAGGUGACUGAACUGUGGACAGGAAAUUUUGCGAGCGCUUUCAAUCGAGCACAUUCCUUGGGAACUGGAUGGUUGGUCACCUUCUGUGCUGAAAUUGGAGAUUGCUUGACUGCACACACACAACUUAAAUUGGCUGGAAUGCUGGAAGGACUUGUGAAUGUGGGCUGGACAGAUUGCACAACCCAGGGCCAACUCUGUGCCGAUAUUGAGAUCAGUUCUAGUACGACAAUUUAUUUCCCACCCGGUUCGACCAUAAAACAGAAAGAUGGGGUCUUGUUUCUGAGUAGCCUUGAAGCCAGAGAAAUUUACAUUGAAGUAAUGCAGCAUUUGCCUGACCUGGAGCAGCUGUCUGAACACUCAAUCCUGACCAAGUUAGCCCACCAUCGCUGGUUGGUGUUUUUUGCAUUCGGUAAGAGAACGGAAUCCGAUGAUUAUGAGUUCAAAAAGAUAGACGUUCUUCUGAAAAGUGAUAACGUCCAGGUUGGAACAUUUAACUGUGAGUCGGGAGCACAGGUGUGCAAAAGCCUUUAUAUCAAACAGCCAUGUGUUGUAGUCUUCAAAGGCAAUGGAAUCCGUGCCUAUGAAAUACAUCAUGGCAAAAAGGUUCUGUAUGACAUAGUAGCUUUUGCCAGAGAGAGCAUCAAUUCGCACGUCAUCACACUCAAUCCGAAGAAUUUUCCGAAGAAAGAGGAAGAACCUUGGCUGGUGGAUUUUUUUGCACCAUGGUGUCCUCCUUGCCGAGCUCUGUUGCCCGAAGUGCGAAAAGCUUCGAAGCAAUUGAUUGGCCAGCUCAAGUUUGGGACAGUGGAUUGUACAAUCCAUGACGAUUUGUGCAACACACAUGGUGUUCGAGCUUAUCCAACGACACUAAUAUUCAACCAGUCUAACAUCCACGAAUAUGAAGGCCUUCACACUGCGGAUGAGCUCUUGGAGUUUAUUCAGGAUCUCAUGAAUCCCUCAGUAGUCACUCUGACAGCGGCAAACUUUGAAGACUUGGUGUUCAGCAGAGAACAAGAUGAAAUUUGGAUGGUGGAUUUCUAUGCUCCGUGGUGUGGUCCAUGUCAGGCUUUGCUGCCAGAAUGGAAGAAGCUGGCCCGGAUGCUGAGUGGAACGAUCAAAGUCGGUAGUGUGAACUGUCAGAAGUACUAUUCUCAAUGUCAAAAAGAAAAUGUUCAGGCUUAUCCAGAGAUCCGCCUAUACCCACAGAACACGAGGGAUGUUUACAAAUACCAUAGCUACAAUGGUUGGUUCAGAAAUGCACAAUCACUUAGGUCCUGGGCGCUCGGAUUUCUUCCUGCGGUUGCUGUGGACCUUGCACCUGAAGAUUUCACAAACCAUGUUUUAAAAGGCAAAGACCACUGGGUGAUUGACUUCUACGCACCAUGGUGUGGCCCUUGCCAGAACUUUGCUCCUGAGUUUGAAAUUCUAGCCAGGUCGGUCAAAGACAAAGUGAAAGCAGGAAAGGUGGACUGUCAGAGCUAUCCCCAGACCUGUCAAACUGCUGGCAUCAGGGCAUAUCCUACGGUUAAAUUCUAUCCAUUUCAAGGAGAAAAGAAGAAAAAUCCUAUUGGAGAAAAUCUCAACAGCAAAGAAGCCAAAGUAUUAUCUCAGCUGAUGAACAAGCGGUUAGAAGAAGUGGAACCAAAGUUACGAAACACAUUUAAAACUAAAACUAAGGAUGAACUAUAAAAUGGAAAGUGACAUUUUCUCGAGGUAACACUAGAUGACAACUUACAGCGACAGAAACAUCAAAUCCAAAAGAAGAGGAAUGCUGGAAUGGAUGAUGCAGAUUAUGACUGAAUCUUUUCAGUGGACUGAAUUCUAUUUUUAAUGAAAAAUAAGAUGUGAAAUAUGAAUUGUGAGUUUUAAUACUCCUGCCAGAGUAUUCAGCCUUGCAUAAAGGAGAAAGCUGUGCACAAAAACAGAAUAAAACUGUCUGACUUAGUGAAGUACAGUCCAUAUCUUGGCACCUUGUCGGUGAAAAAACAUGUUUCUAACACGUACAUGUUAUUGGCCCGGUAAUCCAAACAUAAUUACUGAUCUGUUAAUUAUAUAUUCAGGACAAUCUUUGAACUGUGGAACUAACCCUUUUCGAAUAUUUUGUUUGCCACUAUUUUGCUGUAUCUUAAUCAGACAAACUGAUAACUUGGUGAAACAGAAGUUCAGUCAAAUAUAGCUCUCAGUUAGAAUUUGCUGCUUUGUCAAUAUUCAUUCAAAGAUUCCUUAAUGCACAUCAUCAGGUCAUGUAUUUUCUGCUUCACUUUGUGGGCCUGAGCAUCCUUUGCAAACAUUUUUGACUGCUGUUUAUUCACCCUCUGUAACCGAAUUUCAGUGAAACUUUGAAAAUGCAAUUAAUAUUUGCAGACAUUAAAUCUUCAGAACCCAUUUCAUUAGGAUUCUUUCAAUUAGUUAAAUAAUGGCACCCUAAAAUUCUUCUCACUGUAAAUAGUAAAUACUGUACCAUUCCAAUCAGUUAUUUGGUAGGUGCACUGGGAAAUAGCAAUGUUUUACAGUUUAAACAAAUGUUUAUUUUUAGAAGUGUUGUAUUAGGUUUUUGUAUUUGUGUUCAUAAUAUGAUGGUGUUUCUUGAACAAGAGAGUUAAAGUGAAAGCAUAAUUUAUGUGAAGCAUUUGUCUCCAUUUUCAAUCAGCAAGUUUACAGGACGUUGAGACUGAUACCAUUAUGCACUAAUGUGUGACAAAUGUUGCUGUUUGGGAAAAUGAAUCUUUACUUUUGCAUGAAUUCAAAUGAAAAGAACAAUGGAUUCUGAUUUUCAGAAGCCAUUGACAAGGUUCAGUCUCCUGAAUAUAUAAUCUAGCAUUCUAGAGAGAACUGAGUUUUUCGACAAAUAAACAUUGCUUGAAGGUUUAUACAUAAUGCUUUAAUAAAAUGGGGCAGUUUUAGCACUACACAUCAGUGUAUAAGUGCUGGUGAAAGCCAAUUCAACUUGUACCAGUUUCCUUAUUGUUUGAUAUGCUGCAGACUUUAAUUUGUUGUGGGGUUAAAUUAUGUUCUAUUCUUGUGUGUUUAUCCUUAUUUAAUGUUUGCGUAGAAUGCUGUUUUAUUUCAAAGCUUAAGGAAAACUUGAGUAGACACUCCUCUCUGAAUUGACAAAGUGCACAGACUUUUAAAAUGUAACUUCCACUGGGAAAAACAAUGUAAGAGUAAAUUGAAAUGAGGGCAUUUAUUUUUCAUAGGCAUUUAGAUAAGAAUCGAUGUGCAAGAUGUUGUAACGGAAGGAUCAAAUUUACAAAAUUCGCCAGAGGAUUUGUAAAGAGUGAAUUGUGAAUGCGUUAUGCCCCACAUUCUGCAACCUCACAGAAAUACCAACUGAGAUCAGAUGCUGAGCUAAAGGAAUUUGAAAUCAAUUCCUGAGGUUCAGUCACAGUGUAUCCAGGAUUUAGUCUUUUGCAAAAGAAUGUUUUUGCAUAUCUCCAAUUAGACGCCAGUGUAUUAUUUUUUACUUCAUAUCCUCAAUCCAUUCGGUUAUUUUGUAACUUGACCUUAGAUUUCAUUAUCUCGUACAAUGUAUACUUUCACUGCAAUUGUGCCUUUUACAAAAAUCUAAUGCAGUAUUCGAUAGACAUUGUGGAAUGUUUUUGUUAAGGCAUGUCUAACUGAAACAAAGGAGAGUUAUUCAUGUUGACCCUUUUAUUUCUCUUGCUGUGCAGGAAAUUCUUCUUACUGUCAAUUCCCUUUGGUGUUUAUGCAGUAACUUGAAUUGUGUAAUAUCUGCUAGAGAAAUGGGUCCAUUAGUACACUUGCAACCUUCAGAAUCAAGUUGGUCAGCCUUUUUCAGGCACUAAUGGCAAAGGCAGUUAAAGAAGAAUAUUCAGCAUUUGUUUUGUAGUUGUACUUCAGGAAUAAGCCACUGCUUCUUUGAGACUAAAACCUUAAUGCUGCAAUAGGAGGAGGGAAGGGUGAGCAUCAAAGGAUGAUACCAAAUUGGAAUGAAAUGCCUUCUUAGUCCAAAUUUCUGUUAUGGAUACUGGUCAUAAUAAAAUGGAGCAAGAAUAGCCCUUUUGUUUCAUAGCUUACCUUUCCUAAACCCUGUUUCUUAAGGUUUUUACCCAAUAUGUUUAUCAAUGUCUAAAACAUUGCAAUAAAAUUUCCUGAACUUUUAAAUCU